AUGACCAGCGCCUCUGAAUCUUCGGCAACUUGGCCACCUUCCUCAGGUGCAGCAUCACCAUCUCCACCCUCUUCGUCGUCUGAGUUCAAGGUAAUCUUCGUCCUCCUCCUCUUGUUCCUCUUCAUCAAAAACUACGGCAACCCGGACAUCGCAUCCUUCCUACGAACUCGCAUCUUGUUCAGAUGUUUUCACCAAGCCUUGAUCCAGCACCACACUAGGCGGUAUGGCCCCGGUCUACGUUCUUUGAGCUCUCUACACACGCAACCCGUCCACUGGACCAAAGAUCCCCGCGCCGGAACCUCCGCCUCCCCCAUCCCACUCACUCCCAACCAGCACUGGACCGUCCAUCCCGAAUCUGGCGAGCGUGUCGUAGAUUUCGACUUUGUCGAAGAACCCCUGGGGAUGCGCGAGAGCAUGGGUUAUGGCUUUGCACAGUUCGAAUUUGGCGAAUCACUUGUUAGUGGUGGAAGUCGCUCGUACAGUCCUUCGCAAGCUUGGGUGGGGGAUGAAUUCGAGUACGUGGCUCGUCCAGACGGCACUGUCUUUACCAUCCCUUUUCUUCAUGCAUUUGUCCUAUAUAGCAAUCAACCAUAUUUCGCUCUCAAGGCUCUUAACGGACAUUGCACCCAAUAUGCCACAAAAGGCUCCUCAUUGCCUACGACUCGUCGACCACUUCUUCCUCCCCGUAAAGGUAGCGCCGGGAGCCACCUUUGUCUCGUCACGCCGCUUUUUGGGGGAGACAUCACUCGGUAUGCUCGUUCCAGCAACCUCCUGCGAUAUCCUCUGCCACUGGCCAAACAUAUCCUACUCCACACCCUCCGUGCGCUGAACGACCUUCAUGAAGGUAGCAUCGUCCACACGGACAUCAAGUCCGAUAAUAUCUUCUUCGACACUACACUCGAGAAUGAGGACAUCCGCGGGAUUCUCGAGUGGGACCCUUCACGACGGCAUCAGGCAGAGGCAUCCUACGACGGUAUUGUCCACGCAGCUGUGUCGCAGCCGCUGCCUCUACCGACAAUAGAAGAGUUUGCGAAGCGUACGUUUGUCUUGGGUGACUUGGGAAGCGCGCAGCCUAUCGGUCAGCGAAUAACAGACUACAUCUGUCCGGAGAGUUUGCGCCCGCCUGAGAUCUACAUUGGAGGUCCGUGGGAUGAGAAGGUUGAUAUUUGGUCGUUUGGCUGUUUGGUGUACGAGAUCGUCACAGGCGUCCCGCUCUUCAAUGCCAAGGAAGGAUCCGUCGACGGUGUCCAUCUCGAUGCGACGGAAAUCAUGCUCUUUCAGAUGAUUGCUCAUACACGCGAGGUGUUCAUGGCCGAGCAGCUGAGUGCGAGUCCACUGGCUGGACAUUAUUUUAAUGAAACCUGCCAACUGAAAAAGCAACCCGAGCGAUAUCUCUAUCAGACUGAACAUUGGGUGGCGCGGAACAGUGAUGGGGAUGUCGGUAUGGAUGAGGCGAAGGAGGUCGUACGGUUUAUGCUGAGGUGCUUGAGGCUCGAUCCGGAAGAUCGGGCGAGUGCGAGGGAGUUGCUGAGGGAUAAGUGGUUUGAUGAUGCUCGCCACGACGAAGAUAGCAGUACCUGA